AGGUAACAUAGUAUGUUCUACAGAGUACUUUUGUUCAUAUCAGCAGCACAUAUAUUGCAUAAACCAGACCAGGCUAGGGUUGAACAAGAAUGACUAUUUUACCCGAACUGAUAUUUCUGCUCCUGCUCAGGAUCAAAGGUGCUUUUCUGAAUGGUGUGAACCCAGAGAAUGGCUACGAUACAGUUGUUGCCCAACUGGGGGUACCUCUAACACUGAAGUGUCAGCAUAACUGCACCGCAUGGACCCGUGGCUCCUGGGACCUUGAACAAGCAGAGGUGUCCGUCUGUAGGUCCUGUUUUAGUGAAACAAAGAAAAUGGACAGAAAUGGCGCUGUCUGCACAGUGCUCCUCUCUCUUCGUUAUGUGUCUGUUAAUCAAACCCAUUACAAGUACGAGUGCCAUUCUGUGGAGAACGAUGACCCGAGUCUGACCAGGAAGAGGGAGCGGCGGGUUCUGGUUGUGGUUCAAGCUCCCCCUAGUGCCCCGGAGGUGUCAGUGACCCCGCAGGGUGACGUGAGGGCCGGGAGGUCAACGGGACUGGUGUGUGCCACGAGGGGUUUUAAUCCCAGGAACGUGACAUUCACGUGGACCUUCAACGGCUCUCCAGUGGCAGGGGCCAGCGAGCACACCGUGGGAACAAAUGCUGACAGAACAUUCUCCGCACAAAGCAACAUCUCUGUCACACCCACGGCUUUCCAUCACAAGGGCGCGUUCACAUGUGAAAUCCAGCACCCUGCGCUGAGUCGCCCUCUCAGAGCAAGCAUCACACUGGAUGUGAAAUAUCUUUCCCUGAAUAUAUCGUACAGUGGCAGCAUAAAGAGCACAGGGGAACCACUACGAUCACCUCAUGCUAUCAGAGCCAGUGUGGGUUCAUACCUCAAGCUCUCCUGCCGGGUGCACAGUAACCCCCCUACUGAGGGUCAGUGGGUGAGAGAAAAUGUUGCCCCCUCCAGGCAAAUAGGUACUGCCACAACACUGACCCUGGACAAAGUAAAGGCAGAAGACGCUGGAAGCUACAGUUGUGAGGCAUCUACAGCCUACGAAUCCAAGCGCUUAACUGUUACAAUUGAAGUGAAUUCGGGGGGGUUCAUCUGGUUUAAGGUGUUAGCUGCCACCAUGGUUAUUGUGGCAACUGUGCUGGGCGUUGCAGCGGUAUACUUCUGCCUGAGCAGCCGAAGAAAGAAAAACGCAUGCCAGGAUUUUACCACCUGCAACAGUGGUACAGCAAACAUUGAACCGAGAGUUGAAAAGCCCCCUGCUACAGGUGAAAGCGCAGCAAAAUGGGAGCCUGUGGCAGUGACCUUUACCUGCGCAGACAGUCAGAGCGAUCACGAGGUCCCUUACGCUGACAUCAUGAUAUCUGUGAGAGGAUCCAGCACACCUGAACUCACACACAUCCCAGACCCCACCCCCAGGAACUACAGACAGCGGUGGAAGGAAGAGCAAGGCUCGAGCAGCCUGUUGCAGGUCUCCUGCUCGGCUGACAGACUGCAUGUCCACCAGAGGGAUGUGGCCAGGAAACUGAGCACCAGUUCUGAAUAUGCCGUCAUCCAAUAUCGCUCUGAGCCACUCAGCUGAGAUGAGAAGAAGCCAGAGCAACACUGCCCCCUGCUGUUUGUGUUUGUUUUAACACUGUCAGCAGUAAGGAAAGAAUGCACAUUUUAUUCUCCCUUCCCUACUCAGGCAAUGUUUGAUAUUAAUAUAGUAUUGGAAUAAUGUACGCAUUGAACUCUAUGAUAUACAUAUAAAGCUCCGAUAAA